CGGCAUUGUCUUGUUAGAAGGUGAACCCUUAGCUUUGUCUGAGGUCCAGAGCACUUGGUUGAAUAAAUCUCUGUACUUUGCUCGAUUCAGCUUUGCCUUAAGGCUGACCAGUCUCCCUGUCUCAGACGCUAAAUAGCGCCCCACCAGUGUGAUGCUGCCAUAACAAUAUUUCACUGUAUUGAUGGUAUGGGGCAGAUGAACAGCAUUUCCUCCAGGCAUGACAAUUAGGAUUAUGGCCAAAAAAUUGUAUCUUGGUUUUAUCAGACGAGAUAACAACCUAGUUUCUCACAGUCCAUUUAGGUGUUUUUUUUUUUUUUUUUUGAAAACUCAAGGCAGGCUUUUAUGUGUGAACAUGAUUCCAGAAGGAAAGAAAUUCCCAGCACUUCUAAUCAGGGCUGGCCUGCCGGGAUUCCGGGAAAAUUGACGAUGGGCCGCCGGCCUUGGGGCCUCUUUGAGAUGUGGCUGCAUUUUUUUUUUUCCCCUCCAGCGGCUGCCAUGACUCCGCAGGGCCUUCCUCCUCCCGGGAUGUGACACACACAUACACACUCUGCAUCAGGAGCAGACGGCCUUUGGCCGCUGCUUUGAAACUGUCCAUCGGCAGUAUUAAAACUCAAAGUAUUAAACUGACAGUUUGUGUCGGCGUGCCAUUAAGUGUAAUGCUAUGUAACAGCACUUUGAGUGGUGGCCGCGGUGCAGCUUUAGGACAUUGCUCUGGUGUGCCUGUAUAUAGAUGGGCCGCACAGGCACGUCUCUUAAUCCCUGCCCCUCACCCCCCCCUGCAACAGCUGCCCACAGCAAAGAAGGGGCGAACUGUUGUUGGGUCUUCCAGCCAGAGAGAGGGCCCAGCCACUGCCAGCACCAUUAUCUUGGGUUUUUCGACAUUAAACCUGCUGGCCCUUUAAAGCAAGCGCAGGGGCCGUGGCUGUGACUCUCUGUCAGCAGGAGAGCAGUGAGGGACGCUUCUCCUCCUCUCCCCCCCCCCCCCCCUCAAGCUCCUGUGCUGCGGCUGCUCCACCAGACUCUGACUCCCGCCCGUGCUGCUGGAUCAGGAGAACUUCCCCUGCCCACCACUGAUUCAGCCCAUCUAUUAGGUUCAAUGGAGACGGUUUGUGGCUGGAAGAAAUCAUCAUGGCAGUCUGAACUGGAUGGAGAAGAAAAAGAAGAGUGAACGACUUCAAUUAGAGAAGACGUGACCUGAUGUAACUGUGGAUCUAAAAGCACCCCACCAUGACCACUUAUGCAGGAUUUUCUUUCAAUCAUGUGAGUUCAGGAUCUAGAAAUGGAUGCUUUUCAAAGGAAAUGUACAGUUCGCACAGACAAAGACCACGGACUUCUCCUCCAGCGUUUACUACUUUAAGAGAUCCUGGAAGAAAUCUAUCAUCUGCCAAGUCAUCUUCUCAUGACAAAAAGUGGAUUUGUCCAAGAAUGAAUGGCACAAGAACUAAAAGCCGUGGAUCCAUUGAAACUGACAAGUACCAGGUCAUAUCACCUGGUUACAGUAUCAAGCGCUCCAAAAACUAUAUUGAAGUCAGACUUGAAGACCAGGUUUUUGGAAGUGUGGAGACACCAGAUGAUACAGAGCUGCCUCCCAAGCCUAGAUACAUCGAACAAGCAAGUAUGCAGAAGCUAAAUAAGAGAGACAAAUCGCUGAAGGGAAGAGAAAAUAUUGUAGACGAUUUACAGGAACAAAUUGCUAAACUUACUGCAUUGCUGAAGCAAGAGAUAUCUGAACAUGAGAGAACUCAGAAAAGAAUGGCCCAGGAAUUGGAAAAGGAAGUUAAGGAGCUACAAACUGAAAAAGAGGAACAGAUCAGGGUUCUUGAGGAGAAACAUGCUGCUGAGCUGCUCAGCGUUCAACAGGAGGACAGUGCAAAACUGGCACAGGAGAGAGAAGAUGCUGAAAACAGAUACGAUGAACUACAUAAGGAACUCAGUCUGGUAAAGAGCUCGUUCAAGACCUACCAGGAGAGCCUAUCAGAAGAGAUGACUGAAGCAUGGCUUCAGAAGGAGACCAGGUUGAAGGAGUCAUUUGAAGAGCAGAAGUUGAUAGACAUGGCAAAGCAAAGACAGUCACUGAUGGAUGCAUUUGAGGUGGAGAAAAAAGAAAUCCAUAAGAGAGCUUUAGACGAACAGGCUAUGAUCCAGCAAAGUUAUGAGGCACAAAUCGAAGAGACUUGGAAGAAGUACAAAGAGGCUACACAGGAAACAAAGAUGCUGAAUGCAUUGAAAAAGCAUUUGCAUUCUGAGAUUGCUGAGAAAAACAAAGCUAUUCUUUCGCUUAAUACGGAGCUACAACAUGCCCAUUUGGAAAUUAGCACGUUGAAAAGUCAAAUUGAUAAAAUGGAGAAAAACUUUGACCAAAGUGUCAGCAAAGUGGAGGCAAGAUACAAGAACAGAAUUCAGUCUAUGAUGAAUGAGAAUGCUGACUUAAGACGAAAAUUUAUUGCUAAAAGUGAACAACUUUUCAGUCAAAGAAACAAAGACAUUACUAGAAGUUGAAGAGUGGAAACCUGUGGACUUAUUAUUGGAACUAUCACAACCUGACAUUCACACAAAAGUGCUCUGUCAACAAUUUUCAUAAUAAUCAUAAUUUUCAUACACUGAUGAUUCAGGGCACUGGAUGGUCUUAAGUUUCAUAAAUACAUACAAUCCACAUUAAGCUUUUUGCCUCUAGGCUUUAUGUAGACAAUGGCAUGCAGUGAUACUUUACCUUUGUUUUUUUUUUAACAUGCAAUUCAUAAAUCAAUAAGCAGAAAUUAAAAAUAAGUUAUUGAAAAAUGUGUUAAUAUAAAUAACAUAACAUUCACUCAUAUUCUUGUAAAAGAGAGGGGCAUCUAUGUAAGGAGAGCUGAAAAAAACCCAAACAGUUUUAAAGCUUGAG